CAGGGCUUACUUUCACAGUCGUUUCUUGCAAUGGGGCUGUAAAAUGAGUGUCACAUGAACAUAGAUUAAGGGGCUGGCUUUUAUAAAUGUGCCUUAAAUGCUUGCCAGUUUAGACUUAGAAUCUUUAUGUUCAUUGCACAAUGUUGGCUUAAAGGCUAUUAAAUCCUUUAAAAACAAGCCAAGCAGGUGUUCCUAUGGAUUUCUGACGCUCCUGUCAGAUGUUUUAGUCAACCAGCCAACACCUCAGCGCUGAUACCACCUGGAUGGGGCAGCAGGAGGAGGAUGGUGUCAUUAAUUCAGCAACCAGAACAUUAAGUCUUGUCAUUUUUGGUCAGGUUAAAACAGACCCUGCUAUGUUUGUGUGUUUGUGUGUUGCCACGGUUUGUUGGUCAAGGGUCAGCGCAGUCCGAACACGACCGGACCAAACUGAGGAAUGAAACCGUCUCAGAGAUUGGUCUUGGUCCGCCUUCCACCAGACUCUAGUUCCGAGUAAGGCAAGCGUGAGCACUGACCGCCCCAACGGACCAAAACACCGUAAAUGAUGUCACCAAAUAUGAGCCUAACCAGGCGAUGCAUAGCAACACCCAACAGAAAGCUUAGUGAAAAUAGUCCAAAAAUAGAAAUAAAAAUUAAAUGUAAGCCCAGAAGUGUAAAUACAUAAGCUAAACAUAACUGUCUCUUUUUAACUAAGUGUUGAGUUACAGUUCGGUGAAGUCAUUUCUUUACAGUACGUAUCUGGGAACAUUUGCCAUCUAUAUAUCCUUUUCGUUACAUCUCAGCUGUUAAAAAUUCUGCUAUAGCGCCAAAAGUUCUAUAAGUGUAUGUAACCCGGAACACGUGAUGUUGUUUUGGGUGCGUGAGGUUGUCUGACAAUGUAAACAUAAUAUGCGCCGUCCAAUUGAAGUUCGAUUUGCCAACUUUAUGCCCAUGUUUAACUGAGCAUUAUUUGGCCCUCUGACAAAAAUACAAGUGUGAACGUAAGCCCUACCACACUAGAGUAACUGUCAAGUAUCUAUUUUAAUUUUUGGGCCGGACCAGAGUACCGAACUAAACGUGUGAACAGUGCAUGUGUACUUCCCCUUUGGAUGAGAGGUAUUAUUAUAGCAAUAUAUUUAUUAUUGCGGUUGUAUAAUACUGAGAGAUGUUUUAAUGUUUUCUCUCCCUAUAUGUAUUGCAGCUACACCUCUUGUGUUGACUGCAAAUUUAGAGCAAUCAGCAGUGUUGACUGAAUUUCACAAUCAGUGCAUCCCUGAUAAUCAGUCAUUCGUUCCCUGUAAGUUUGACAUUGCAAAUAGCCAAGGGAAUCUUUUCAGGCAAACAUUUUGAAAACGGCACUAAUUAUCCAAGCAGCAGGUGUACUAAUGUCACACAUUUUGCUUCAUUCUAGUUGGUUGAUGAUGUGCCUCUCUACCUAACAAUAUGCACAUUCAGCAUAAAGUGAAAGAGUAAUACUAGUAAUUUAUUACUUUCUGUUUGUAUUGCUGUUUGAAGCAUCUGCACCCAAGCACUGGAAGACACAAAGCUGUGACAGCAUUGCCAAAACAACAUUCUUCAUUUCAAAAUAAUGGAGAAUAAGCUAUUGGUUUCCUGACCUACAUCAGUUCUAUUCCAUUUAUCUGGUUGAACGGAACACACAAAGAAGCCAAGAAUUUAAGAGAACUGCUUGAAAUUUUUUUGCAGUAACUCUGCAGAUCCUUUCAAAUACAGUAUGAACACACAUUCAGAAACAUGAUUUGCUCAAUGUAGUGUUUAUUUUAUAGACAUCCAUGAGCAGGACCUAAAGAGACUGCCCAAUAAUGUUCACUCAGGCUUUGGAAAGGCAUUACAGCUGGUAUAGUUGUAAUAUGCCUUCGCACAGUGAACCGGCUGUAAAUUAAAGCUAAAAGGAACGUGAUGCAGAAAACAGACACAUGGACAUCCUUCUCUUUUUUUUUUUUUCUUGUGUGUGCAUGUGCGCGUGUGAGAGAGCGAGCAUUACUUUAAUGCACAAGUAGUGUCCAUCCCUCCGUCUGAGCCAAUGGCACGGAAGUGUUUAUGGAUUUGGGCGAGCAUUGAGCAAACCUGGAAGGUGAAGGUGGUGCCUGCUUGUGUAACCGUGUCUGCAACGAGGCAGUCUCGGCUGCCCCUGGGUUCCUGUGAUUGUGCGAAGGAAGAACGCUAUGUCCAGCAUGCAGCCACUUGGAGGAAAUCUCUCCUUCUGCUUCUUUUGCAAACAGGAAACUGCCUCCCAGACACAGGCUAGUGCUUUCUAAAGCGAAUGAGGAAAGCAGGCUGGCAAGAUAGUGUCAUACAGUGAAAUCGAAGGGCAGUACAUCUUCCGUACAUCGUGUGGUAAUUUCAGUUGGCUGUCUUUGAACUCUUUGACCUCGCACACCCUUCUUUGCCACAGUGGGCCAAAGGUGCAAGCUAGUAAAACUUUGCAUUACUAGCAUAGAAAUAGUGUCUUAGAACAUUUGGCAGCAUUGAUUCAAUGUUGCAAGUCACGGGGUUUCUCGGAAUAGCGGUAUAAAGGCCGGUAAAAGAGAACCUGAUAUACAUGACAGGUCUGCUUGUAAAACAUGACCUUAUUUGGAGCUGCAUUGUAGUACAGCUAUGAGAAAUUGUUCUCCAGGCCUGUAUUGUUGGCUUCCCAACUCAGGUUUUAGACACUUUGUCCUUUUAAAAACAAUUAAAAUGGCCCUGUGCAGUGGCGCAUAUGGGGGUUUGUCAGGCCACAUCCUUGUUUAAGACUGACUAAAAUAAGGAUGAAACGAUAGAUGGUUAAUUGAUAAAUGGGGUCAAAUAUCAAGGUUGUUAUUGAUUGUACUGUGAAAAUAAAGGACGGGAGCUAUGGCUGUAGGAGGUAGGUUUAUUCAUAUGCACAGCUAGUCUCGUUUAGCAACAGUUAAGACACCUCAACCCACACAGCACACUUCCGGCCUUCAAAAUAAGAGUGCUGUGAACUAUAUCCUGUUUACAUAUGAGAAAAUAAGUUUUAUUAAAAGUAGCUUACACCAACAUUGAGGCAGCAAACAAAGUAUACUUGUGCUAAUACGGUAGCUGAAUUAAUCCAGCUAACAUUAGCCUGUGUAAUUUUCAUAGACAAAUCUUUUACAAGUUGUUUGAUAUUCUGCAUGUUUAAGUGCCUGCAGCAUCACAUACUUAGUAAGGCAUAAACAACAGCAUAUAUGGAAAUGUUAUUUCAUUAGCUUUUCAAAAGUACCGGUAAACAUCUUUUGUGAAAGUGUACUCCUGUAGACAAAAGCUUAAUAACAUUUAUAGUAAAGUUGAAUGGUUUGAUUUUUACAUACUGGUUGAAAAUAGCCCUGUGAGAAAUUCAUAGUAAAGUUGAUAAAAAGUUCAUGUUAUUAAAACAUUCAUGGAGAAGUUCAGACAUUUAAUCCAAAAAGAACUCCGUUAUCGCCCUCAUUUAAACCAUGCAAACUUUUAUGACCCUGCCUCUUAAAAGUAUCAGAAUCGACAAUUGUUAGGAAAUGGUAUUGAAAACGAGGAAUCGGAAUUGGAACCGGAAUCGGGAAAUCAAUUGACAGCACAGCAAAAUAGUUUUGCGUUGACAAAGGGGCUACUAUCGAUGUGCCGGCUUGAUUGGAAUGUGGUGAUAAUAGUGUUAAAAGUGUUAACAGAUUUGGACCAAUGUUUCUUGCGUUUUUCUCUCCACAUGAUAGGAGUGGGGGAAAUAAUAGAUUCUUAGAUGCGUCGCAUUGCGGACAUUGACAAUGAUUAAUCAUUUCAUAAGUGUCAAUAAUCGAUGCUGACGGAACCAAAAAAACGGAACAAAAAGAUGGAAAGCGGAAGUGUCGCCCGGACAGGUUAUGGUGGUGCAUCUAAGUGUAAGACGCUACCCGAAUGUCCGAGGCUAAACUCCGACCAACACCCGCUGGACACUUUGGCUUUCAGGUAGUUGAAGGUAAAAAUUAACUGGAGAAGAGCCAGACACAAGCUUAAAAUAUUUGGGGAACACGACAAAUAUGAGAAACCACAUAGCACGUUUCCACCCGUACCAGGAGGAAAAACAGCCAACCGAAGUUGGUACCAACCAGAGAAUCAUUGAGCAGGUGAUAACUAAUUUUCCACCCAACUUGGAAAAGUAUUUCUGCUUGAAACACUUUAAUUGCAAAGGAUUUGUUGCUGUUGGAUUUGUUAAUUUUAUUUUUUGUAAAUUUUUAUACUUUUCCUGCUGGUUCUGUGCAAUUGGAAAUAUGUUGGUAGAUGUAACCUUCCAGUUAUUAAAACAUAAUUGAGGUAAAUUAAUCUGUCCUGUUUAUUUUAAUUGUGGAUCAUUACAAAUAUGCUCAGUUUUACUAGUACACAGUGACUAUAAAGAAAUUAUAUAUAAAAAAAAAAAAUUGCGUGAAAAAAUUGACAAACUAUUGAUCACAAUAAAAAGUGCAUCGAGAUGCAUCGGUAUUCGUUUUGUUAUCACAUCGCAGGUCUCUGAAUCAUAAUCGAAUCGUGAGGUGGCCAGAGAUUGCCACCCUCGCACAUGAGUCAUGCAGCCACAAUGUAUCAUGGAAAUCGGUUAAGUAGUUUUUGUGUAAUCCUGUUGACUAAUGAACACUGAUCAAAACAGCAUUGGCCGUAACCCUUGGACAUAACCAUGGUUUCCAUUCCCCUCAACUAACAUUGUCUGUGAUGUGUAACAUACCUCAUGAGUGUAAAUGCUGGAUCAUUGCAUUGUGAUCUUGUUUUAUUCAAUUAAUCAGCACAGCAGUAAUCUUAAUGACAAUUUCAUCCUCCCUCAGUGGUAGCCAUUUACUAGCAUUAUAAACAGUUGAAUUCUGUAAUCCCCUCAGAUACGUAGCUCAGUGUUAUGCAGUAUCAUGUAUUGCUUGUGCAGGUCAGUCACUGUUAAAAGGGGCAUCUUCCUCCUAACAUGUCACAUUCGAAUCAAGAGGAAAUGGGUGUUUUCCUAGGUGUCAUCAGACUCUGCUCUGGGGACAAUGAGAUGUGUCAGCUGUUUGUGUGCUUCAAUGACAAGAAAAAUGAGACUGCUCUUUGUUUACCCUCAGAAGUUUGGUUUUCAUCCAAUUCUUCUUGGGUGAGACUGGAAAAACAUUGUUCAAGUAUUGUGAGAAAAUCAUUUUAAUUGAUUUCAUUUCAUUAAUUCAGAUCUAGGAUGUGUUAUUUUGGAGUUCCCUUUAUUUUUUUGAACAGUGUACAUAAACCCAGAAUAUUCUGAUCAUAUUAUUCUGGGUUUAUUAUUGACGAGUUUAUUGAUGCCCAAGGAAAUUUCUAAAUUGCGACAAAAUAUUUAAUUUCUGUUUAUUCAUCAGAGGGGACUAGCUGACUCAGAUUGUUUAGUAUAACAACUUUGGGGUCAUCAGGGACAGGAUCUGGAAACUAGGCGUGUCCUGAUGCAAUUUUUUCACUUCCGAUACGAUACCGAUAUUGCAGCCUUGAAUAUCAGCCGAUAACGAUAAUAAUCUUGAUGUCGUCCAAUGAGGUUAAUUUGGUCUACCAUUCAUACAUUCUAAACAGCUCUUUGUACAGACCAGAGUUAGCUAGUUUUAAUCCGAUGUCAUCGCAAAUCAUUCAUACUUUUAUUACAUAUUUUGUAGUGUGGAAUAUUAGAAAAAGGCUUGAUCAAGUGAUUUAACUCAAACAGAGAAUAAUAGUCCGCAACAGUAGGUAUGAGGAAAAACACCCAUUUACUUUAUGCAUGUGGGAUCUAGUUUUAUCCACAGUGUAGUGGCAGCUAGGCAUGAUAUAUAGUGAAGUUCGAGGUGCUCAGUAAAAUAUUUAAACGGGGGCUGAUCUUUGUUGUUAGAGCUAAUGACUUUUUGCCGUCCUGUGAGUUCCAUGUGAUGCCGCUUCAUAUUCGGGAUGAGGUUGACCAUAUUAAACUUUCCCAGUUCUGUGCCACCACGGGGAAACUUGUGCAGGACAAUUUUGCACUCAGCUGCAACGUCUUUUUAUUGCCACACGGCUGACAUUACCCCGGCUCCUUGCUACUUUUGUUGGCACGCUACCUAGCAAGGACUUUUGUUGUGAUCACAUGGACUUUAUCUGGUCACUGCUGGAUGGACGUGAUGGGGCGGAGUCUGGAAUCGACUGCUUGUAUAGCGGAGAAAACAGAAGUUCUCAGCGAUGACCUUUUACAGAUUGAACGGCGGAUGGAGUUGGUGCGUGUGGUGUCCCACAACGCACACAAGAAGAUGGUCUCGUGUCUGCAGGGACAUAUUGGCGCAGAUGCAGAGAAAAGACAUUCCGUACCGCGCCUCUAUACAGGAAAUGGUCAGAAAAAGCUUCCUUUGACGGCAUUGUCUCAGGCAAUGGUAGAAGGUGGGAACCAGCUGGGAGAAGACUCUUUAAUAGGGAAGAUGAUGGAGGUGUGCGGAGAUGCAGAGAGCCGACUGGCAUCCGAAUUGAUGCAGCACGAGCUGCAGAUUGAAAAAGACGUCUUGGAUCCUCUCAGCCAACUUGCAGAGGUGGACAUCCCCAACAUCCUGAAACAGAGGAAGCAGUUGGCCAAAUUGGUGCUGGACUAUGAUUCUGCCAGAGCGAGAUGGUUGCAGGCGACCAAGUCAAUAAUCUCAGGAACAAACACUCAAGCACUGACAGCCAAGGCUGAUCUACUCAAGGAAGAGGUGGAUGAGGCCAUGAACAAAGUGGAGCUUUGCAAGGACCAGCUUGCCGCAGACAUGUACAGUUUCUUCUCAAAAGAAGGAGACUAUGCCUGCUAUUUCGUAACGCUCCUAGAAGCUCAGGCAGAAUACCACAGAAAAUCGCUCACUCUGCUGGAGAGUGUCUUGCCCACCAUCCAGGCUCAGCAAGAUACAUGGACAGAGAAACCCGCCUUUGGCACGGCACUGGAUGAACACCUGAAAAGGAGUGGGAGGGAAAUCGCUCUGCCCAUAGAAGCCUGUGUCAUGAUGCUGUUAGAGACUGGAAUGAAGGAAGAGGGUCUGUUCAGAAUUGCAGCUGGGGCAUCCAAACUAAAGAAGCUAAAAGCAGCGCUGGAUUGUUCCACUUCACAGUUGGAGGAGUUCUACUCUGACCCUCAUGCUGUUGCUGGAGCACUAAAGUCCUACCUGAGGGAACUCCCUGAACCUCUAAUGACGCAUCAGCAUUAUGAUGAAUGGACCCAGGCAUGCAGUGUAUCAGAUCCAGACAAGAGGCUUCAGGCUCUGUGGGUUGUAUGCGAUAAGCUACCAAAGAACAACAAAACCAACCUGAGGUAUCUGGUGAAGUUCCUGGCCAAACUGGCUCAGGACAGCGAAGUAAAUAAAAUGACUCCCAGCAACAUCGCCAUUGUUCUUGGACCCAAUCUGCUUUGGGCCAAGACCGAAGGGAGUUUGGCAGAGAUGGCUGCAGCUACCUCUGUGCAUGUCGUGGCCAUCAUAGAACCCAUCAUCCAGCAUGCUGACUGGUUCUUUCCUGAGGAUGUGGACUUCAAUGUGUCCGGCAUGUUUGCAAUGCCUGUACCUGCAUCCAACCACAACAAUCAUCUGGAUUAUGACAGCGGAACUAUUGAGAGGAAGAGACCAGGCAGUUUGGUGGGACCAGAGAUGGACACAACACGCAAAGACAAUAGCACCCCUAACAAGCACUCGGACCACACCCUCCGUAGAGGCAGUACCACCUUAGGUAGAAAGCAGCACACCUCACCUGCCUUCCAGCCCCCUUUACCCCCCGUGGAGACUUCAGGGCAGCAGGGACACGGCGCCGGGCAGGUGCCGCAGCCCUCAGUCGAGCCCCUUGCGCAAGCUCCUUCUGUGGGGACAGGGGGACCCGACAUCUCCCAUAGCGGGGCGCAGGGUCUUGCUGCGCUUGCUGCCGCUCAGCAGCUUCUAGCACAGCACACAGAGGAGCUCAGCAACCCAAAGCUACGAGACCCCACAGCUGCUCCCGCACCCCUACUCCAGCGGAGUGGUUCUGGAUCAGGCAGCCACGCUGCUGGCCAGCUGGGCAGCGGUACUAGUGGGGCGGGAUCCAUGGGGUCCAGUCCACAUAUGACACGCAGAGCUGAGAGGAGGCUCGCAGCUCUUAACGCUACCAAGAAGCAGGCACCUGCUCCACCCAAGCCUCCAAACCCUCCCCCCAGUCAACCCUCCACUUCAGUGAACCCUUCUUCCUCCUCAGUCACAUCCCAACCCCUCAGUCCCCCUACAAGACCCCUAUCCAGCCACUCCCCCACCUCACCCACGUCUCCUAUCGCUCAGCAAUACAGCACACCCCGGCGCCACUCCAGUAAUCAGCCUCCAAUUCAGGCCCCCAACCAUCCACCUCCAGAGCCGCCGACACAGGCCAGUUCUCACAGUCUGACUGGUGCGGACCAGAGCACGGAGCCCUCACCCCCGGACUCCCCAACCCCUCCAGACACCCCUCCACCCUCUGCUGCCUCUUACCAGGAUGGGGCUCAGGUCGCCCCUCCUUCACCAUCUCCCUACCCGUCGGGGUCGCUCCCCCGGCCGCGCCCCGUCCCCAAGCCCAGGAACAGACCUAGCAUCCCACCGCCACCACAGCCCACACACAUGGCCAGUGACAGCAACGGGAUCUGCGCCGCCGCUUACAAGAUGAUGGACCCGGCUAUGUCCUUCACAGGGCUGAGUCGGGCUUUGGUGCCGGAGUUCAGUGUGGACCAGCAGCCGUCACCACUGCCUCCUAAAGACUGCGACCUGGACAGUGAGAGCACAGUCCUAUAAGGAAGGACACCAGGCACCUCCUCUCUUUACACUCCUGCAUCUUGCUGGUCCUCUGUUUUCGCAUCAGUGCCGAUUUGUUGUUUUUGGGAGAGAGAGAGCUUUUCCAUCCUUUUGUAGCUUUUCCAGUGCAAAUCCUCCAUUCAAAACCCAUCAGUUUUAAUCUUAAAUGUUAAAGUUAGCAAACAAUGGAGGAAGGCUGUGUGUAAUUAAUUGCAAUGAUGUGGGAAUUUGUACCAAAAUAUGGACCAAUGAUGGGAUACUUUUUUUUUGUUAAAAAAAUGGCCUUAGAACAUUAAAUGACAAAAGGUUAGCGAGUGUAACCAAAAAAGUGGUGACUGCAGGUUUCCAGUCAUCCCAAACACUCUUUUCUCUCGCUCUUCUAUUUAUUUACCUAAACACACACAUUCCCUGUGGCUUGACACAAUUGAUGCAGUCAGUAAAUGUACAUAAAUAAAAGCCUUAAUCGGAUGAAACAUUGUAGAUUUACUGUACGGACAGCUCUUAUUUUUUUACUUUAGUAUUUCCAAGAAGCUGUCUUCAGGGAUGUCAUAGGAAGGAAGGAAGGUAGAAAGGUGAGGGUUCUCUACUUAGACUUUCGGUAGCGGGGUUAACUUAACGGCCCUUGAUGCAGUCAGUAUUUUUGCCUUUUUUCUAAUUUCCCUUGUGUGAGUUUGAAUGUAAACAGAAGGAUGUGAUGCUGAUGUUGCACAUGAGCAAAGGCCAUCAAAUCACUUUUAAAGUUUUUUUUUUUUUGCCUCCACUGAGCUGAGUGCACCUCAGUAGUGACGUGGUGGAACAUUUUAUCUACUUUUCUCCCUCUCAAAAUGGUACCAAUACAGAAAAGUCUUAGAUGCUGCAGCCCUGGAAAUAUGUGAUUUUUGGUCCCUUUCUCCAACCUCUUCAGACAAUCAAAUGAUAUCAUGGCCCCCAAUUCUGUGACUCAAUGCCUUUACCCCCCCUCUCUGCACAUCAAGACAAACAAAAUGCCAUUCAACUAGAAGUGACGAUGCUGCGUUUUUUUUUUUUUUUUUUUGGGCUCCGUCGUUUUGUAUGGUGUGUCGUCUGGUGAGCUGACAUAUGGAAUAAAAUGUUAUAUGAAUGCUUGGUUAUACGGCCUUUCCAAAGAAAAUAAAGUAUAUGACGAAGUAUACAUUUCUGGGUUUGUUGUUACUAUUUUACGAUGUAUUAUGUAGUUAAUGUCUGUAAAGUCUAACCUAUUUAAAUGAGCUGUCAUCUUGCCUAGACCAAUAUGGCGGUGACUGCCGCAUCGCCGCAACAGACUAAAGUAAUCGAUUGAAAUUCUACGUGCAGGUGGUGCGAACAAAAAGAAGCAUUGUUUUAUAGCAUCGUUUUUAUAGGUCAAACAUGAGUCAUAACAUGGAGUAAUUCAAACAAAAACGAAACAUUUUAAAAGGGAAAACAGGGUUGGUGGUUGCUACCAGCUGCACAUUUAUAAUGUAACUUGCACCAACAUGCAACUGAUUUAGAACAGAAACACGUUUAUGACACUUAGCAGCAGGUCUGGUUCUGCGUUUUACGACUUUGAAAGCUGUGCAACAAGGAGAAAUAAAACGGUAUACAGAGGGAAUUUACAAUGAGAAAAUAGAGUGCAUAGCCCAAAAAUGUGCAUUUACAUAGUAGUACAACAUACACAACACCACAGCUACUGGUACACUGUGGAGCAGUUCAUGAGGUCACCAUGGCAACCACAAUAGACGGAAAAAGGUAUUUACAUUGAAUAUAUUUGUUAUUCACACUUACUUUCAGUAAACACCCACUACACUAAUAUGAGCAGGACCGUUAAAAAGAGAAUUGAGCGGUCUGGGUUGAAUAUUCUUUUGUUGCGAGUCUUCUGACGUGUGCCUAAAAUGGCACAAAUGAAGUGGAUGACAUGUUUCUGUCAUAAAGGAAUGAAUAUAUAUAUAUAUACACGCUAAUAUGUAAUAGUAAACGGGUACUUCAGUUGGAGGGGCAACAGCGACCCCAGUUCAGGCGAUGCUAAAUCAAAUGCUUUAGCCAUUUUCGGAUAUGGAAGGUAAAAAAAGGGACACUUUUAUUGUCAUAAAUUGAACUGGGUGGACUACAUGUCAGUAAAAUAAACUAAGCUCAACUAAGACGAGCUAACACUCCUAGCUUCAGCUUGUCGUUUUCAGGAUGAAUGCCUAUUCAAAAUGUUGAGCCACGAAUCAU